CUAUUCACCAUGUACAGUGUAGGAACUCUCAUAUUGCGAAAAAUUGGAUUUUCAUUAUUAUUUUAUCAAAGUGUUGUCUCAACAAGUGAUUUCAAAGAAAAUAAUAUCACUUUCGUCGUGUACGGUGAAAGGUAUUGCACUCCGAUCGUUUUGGUAGUCGGUACAGUUGGACAGCAGCAAUGUAUGAAGGAGUGUCUAUCCAGACCGGCCCUGUGUGGCGGGAUCAACUACAAGAAGAAACACUUACUCUGUGAACUUGUGAACUCAACAGAAAAAACAGAAGGAUCAUUGGACUACAUACGGAUGCCAUUUGAUCAAGCGAAGUUGAUGGACGGUUGUCGUUCUUGUUUAGUCGACCAAAGAUGUGUACUUUUGUCCAGCAAUCGAUCACACUGUGUGAAGGAUCAAGGCAAUCUAAAUGAUUGUGCUUUCCUACAUACGUCAUCACCUCACGUGUCUAAUGGAGUAUAUAUAAUGAACAUUCCUGUGUUAGGCCGUGUGAGUGUAUUCUGUGAAAUGGAGAUGGACGGGGGAGGUUGGACGGUAUUUCAGCGUCGACUGGAUGGUUCAGAAAAUUUUGAUCGAACAUGGACGGAAUAUAGGAAUGGAUUUGGAGACUUAAGAUCUGAAUUCUGGCUAGGUAAUGACAAACUUUACUACUUACUGAGCCAGGGAGCUUACGAAAUGAGGAUGGACAUGAGUGACUUCGAUAACGAGACACGAUACGUCAAAUAUAGGAAUAUUGCUAUUGGCAGUGAAACAACCAAAUACGUCAUGUCUAUAUUCGGAUACUCUGGGGACACUGAUGAUUGCUUUGCACAGGGAUCACUCCCCAUAAAUGGAAUGAAGUUCUCAACAAAGGACCAAGACAAUGACCUCGAUUCGAGGAACUGUGCAAAAACAUUCCACUCUGGAUGGUGGCAUAGUACAUGUCACUGUAGUAACCCUAACGGUUUAUAUCUAGGAGGUCCGACGCAGGUGCACGGAAAGGGCAUCACGUACGCUCGUUUCAAAGGAAAUAAAUAUUCCUUGAAGAGUAUACAAAUCAUGGUUAGAAGGGUGGGAUAGAAUAACCAACAUUGAUAAUUACGAGGUGGUCUUUCAAAGCUUAAAGCAACUCGUAUCACUUGACUGUAAGACCUUUUGAUUGAUUGAUCUUUUCCGCCACACUCAACAAUUUAUCAGUUAUCUGGUGGCGCCCAGUUUUUAUUGAUGGAAGAGAGAACCAAGAUACAAUGUACUUGGGAAGAGACCACCGACCUUCCGAAAGUAAACUGGAAAACUUUCUCACUUACCGGCGCGAACGGGAUUCGAACACGCAUUCCUAAUUUAUUCAAUAGAAUGUGUUGAACAGACGAUUUGCCAUUUCCCAAAUUUUCUUCAAUCUUUCGUACGGUCCAAAGUCUGUCUUUCCGAAUAUUGUCAUUCAGUAAUUUUACCUUUUUGUCGAUUUCCUCUUCUGAUGUACUGUCCUCAUAUUCCUCAAACAAUAAUUUGUGACAUUUGAGCACCAAGGAACGAGAAACAUUUCUGUGUGAUUCUGUCAAUUCUAAGUUCUUGUGAGCAACCAUUGGAGUCAAACCGAGUCACAUGUAAAAUUAUAUGCCCUCUUGGUGUGCCGCGUUAGACGCUGGCAUCGCCAUUUCGCUGGACAUUUGAACCUCCUAAUUGUAGCACUAUUUGUCAUAAUUCAUUUAAAUAUUAAGCCAUAGUGAUGAAAUUUACCGAGUAUAUAAAUCUGUAUCUAAAUAAAAACUCUAUAGAAUAUACAUGUACUCUCAGAAAAUGAAGGUUAUCCAUUAUCACAGAGGCUCAUUUUAGAGAGUUUUUAAUUUUUGUUUGUAAAUAUUUUUGUAAGGAUUGCAGUAUUUUAUUGUUUAUGAAGUUUUCAAAAGAAAACGAUAUUGAUUUAAGUUUAUUAUCUCUAUAUCAGUUUAAAUAUUCUUUAGAAGAAAUGUGUCAUCUAAACGUUGAAUUCGUGACCCUGCAAAAUUAAUGUGCUUUAAAUUAAAAAAAAAAAACUUAACAUUUUACUGCAUUUUUUGUAAGCACAAAAUGACUCGAUGCUUUGUUUACAUAACAUACAUUAAAGGCUAAACUAUUGCUUUUAUUGCUGCAUUCAGAAGGUCACAAUUUUGGCUGUCAAUAUUAAAAGAGUUAUAAAUUUAAUGUUUAACAUCAAAAUCGAAAAAAAUAUUUUUGUCAAAAACUAUAACUGAGUAUCAUGAUUUACUUUUACCCAUAAAUAUUUAGUAGGAUAUUGUAAUGGUACCACACUGUAAGCAUACCCUGAUACAUAUUUCAAAGAAAUCAUGUGCACUAUGUGGCGACAUUGCAUUGCUAGUGUAAGGUGAAGAUAACGAACAGUGAUCAAUGUCAUAACUCCUACAAGCAAUACAAAAUAGAUAGUUGGGCAAACACGGACCCCUGGACACACCAGAGGUGGGAUCAGGUGCCUAGGAGGAGUAGGCAUCCCCUGUUGACCGGUCACACCCGCCGUGAGCCCCAUAUCCUGAUCAGGUCAUGUACAUGUGUUUG